UCAAUGCGCGCGGAUCGCAAGCGCGUCGCGUCUAAACGUAAACGACUGCACACUAAAUCUUUUUUCGAUUUUUCAAACUGUUCGAAUUUUAAUAAACGCUCUAUGGAAUCUUGGGUUGACUGCAUUGUUUUUUAAAAGAGUGCCCGCCAAAAGUAAACUUUCGCAAAAGUUUGUUUAAAAAGUUUUUAUUUCUUUUUCAUAUUUAUUUUUCUGUUCGCAUUACAGUGAUUACAUUGUUAUUUAGGUUUUGUGGUUUUUGUUUUAGUGGUUGUUUUGGUUUACAUUUGAGUUUUAUGUUUAAAAAUUAAAGUUUUAGUCUGCGGUGUUAAUGUGAAGUGUUUGGAGUUAAACUUUUGUAAGAGUGGUUUAGUAAAUAGGAUGUUUAUAAAGUGACUUUGUAAAGUUAUUUGGCAGUAUGAAGCUCUUUUGGAAAGUUGUGUGUACCUUGCUACUUCUUGCACAAGCUGUUAUGGGGAAUUGGUGGAACCUAGCAGCGCCACCACCUCAGACGCAAGUCGGGAACACAUCGCUGGAAACCUUCACGACGUUACAUAAAGAGAACUGCCACAGGUUGGAGUUCUUAGUGGAGCGACAGAAACAGCUGUGUAUGCUCUCUGAUACUAUGAUAAAGGUCCUGCAGACUGGUGCGUUACAAGCUGUGGAAGAGUGUCAGUACCAGUUCCGACACAGCCGGUGGAAUUGCAGUACUGUGGAGAAUGCGACCGAUAUUUUUGGAGGCGUACUAAAGUUUAAAUCCCGUGAAUCAGCAUUCGUGCACGCACUGUCAGCAGCGGCAUUGGCGCAUGCAGUUGCGCGCGCUUGCAGUCGCGGUGAACUCAAUGAGUGCUCUUGUGACUCGCGCGUCAGAAAGCGCACACCUAGACAUUGGCAGUGGGGUGGAUGUUCUGAGGAUAUACGAUACGGAGAGAUGUUCAGUAAAGACUUCUCUGACUCCAAAGAAGAUAAGAAUACUGACGAAGGACUUGUCAACUUACAUAAUAAUGAGGCAGGGCGAAGGGCAGUCCGUGGUCGAAUGCAGCGCGUAUGCAAGUGCCACGGCAUGUCGGGCUCGUGCUCGGUGCGCGUGUGCUGGCGUCGCCUGCCGCAGCUGCGCAUGGUCGGCGACGCCUUGUCUACCAGAUACGAGGGAGCUUCGCAUGUUAAGGUGGUCGAACGCAAGAGAGGCAAGAAUAUAAGAAAGCUUAGGCCGAUGCACAUGGACAUGAAGAAACCCAACAAGACUGAUCUUGUUUACUUGGAAGAUUCACCUGAUUAUUGUGAACCUAAUGACGAACUUGGAAUCCUCGGUACCCGCGGGCGCACCUGCAACAGAACAUCAGCCGGCCUCGACGGCUGCCGGCUGCUGUGCUGCGGCCGCGGCUACCAGACACGAGUCAGAGACCACGAAGAGAAGUGCCGAUGCCGAUUCGUCUGGUGCUGCAAGGUCCACUGCGAAAUCUGUCGAUUUAAACGAGACCAUCAUGUCUGUAAUUAAUGAAGAAAUCGAAGUUGGUUGGUUUGUGAACUGAGGCCAGUUUUUAUAUUUCAGUUUUGGGCUGAAGUUAUUGUUUUAAUAGAUGGUUUACUUGAGUAUGAUGUAGAUUUGUUUAAUUUUGGUCAUGACACAAUUGUAGUGGUUGAUGAUAUGGGAAUGGAAAAGGUUUUUGAAGAAAUAUGACAUGCAAUUGAGUAAGAUGAUAAAAUUAGCAAUAAGAACUUUCCAAUAACAUUAUUUACUUUCUAACUAUCUGACAAGGCCUAAUUGAACACUUUGGUUUCAAAAGAUGAUGAAGCUAAUAGAAGCUAUUAUAUAUUUAAGAUGAUUACUAAACAAGUGACUUAACGAAGAAUAAUUUAUUUUAGCCAUAACACUUACCUUUUAAGAACCUAUUUUCUGAUAAUAUGGACGAAUAUUACCGAAACUUUUAUAUGACAUGCUUUUUGAUUGGUUUAUUGUAAUUUGGUGAUUUUUUUAACAUUUCGAUCUGAUUCUGCUUCAAUAUUGUAAUUGCAUUAAAAUAAUAUUUUAUGUCAAUCUUAUCUGUUGAAGUAUUUUUGUUUUUAUUUAAUUCGUCUUUUACAAAUUGUUUAUUAUAAAUCACUGACUGAUUAUUAAUUUUAAUUAGUAUUUUAGAUAACAUUUAAUUUUCUGAAGAUUAAGCUUUAAAAUUAUUUACAGUAUUACUAACUUAUUUUAUUUUUAACUGUACAAAGUUGUAUAUAGUGCUUUUGUUUAUAUUUUAAUAUUGAUAGAUAUAGAUUUGAGGCAUUUUCUUCUUAUUUAUGUGCCGAAUGUAAAUAUUAAUAUUUUUAUUGUGUAAAGUAUUACACAGAUUGAUUUUCUACCUCAUGAGGAAGAUGAUUUCGUUCAUGCCAUUAUAUAAUAUCGGUUAAUUAUUAUUUAAGGUUAGUAAGCGGUUCUAUGGAAGAUCACUGUGUAUUAGGUGUCACACAAUAUGUCAAAAUUGAAACUCGAAAGUUUAGUAACGAUGCUCAGUAUAUGGGCUUAGAGUAGUUCAUGGUUGCUAUCAAUAUAUCUUUUGUUUGAAUAACGAUUUCUUUCAGGACAUUUUUUGGACUUUAAUUAUCUUUCACUACGACCUUUCUUAAUACAAUUUUUCAAAGAGCUGCUUCCUAAAAAUCGUCAGUUGUAAAUAUCUUAACCAGUAAGUUAGUGUUAGUAACUUAUUGUAUUAGGAAUGUGAUAGCUUUAUUCCUUUAGUGUUAACAUUUUGUCUAAACCUUUGGUAUGUAACCGUCGCAUCUUACUUGUAAAUACUCUAUAGUGAUAUUACUUAUACAUGUAAUAAAAUCGUGUAACAUAUACAUCUGUAUUGUACGUGUUUAAUCUAAGGAAUCUGUUCUUUUCAAUGUUCUGAGACGUCUUUCAUUUUCACUGUCAGUAUUUUCGUUAAAAUCUAUUUGAUUUAUUUUUCUGGUUGCUCCUAUUAAUUGAUUGAGAGCUAAUUCGCUACUGUUACUUAUUACUAGAUUGCUAUUCGGUGCGGUAUCAUGCAUACAGUUAUUUUCCCAUUUAUAAUUGGUAAUGUUUAUUAUUGGAUAAUUCUGAACUUUUCAGAACAUUGAAAAAAAAAACGGAUAAAAAAUCAAAAUUUUACACUUGCCAACUUAAUGUUACGUCUCAAUUAUAAGAAUUCUAAAUCGUCUAUUUAUAACUUAGUGUUAAGUGAACUUUCUUGACUUGAACGUAUCACCAAUGAUAUUUUAGUACUUAAUCUGAAUAUAGAAAGGCAAGACGUUUGAUUGAUGACAGUUUGCGUCAAAAUGUAGAAUACUGUCCGUUGUUUGAAAGGGAUGCUUGUCUUCAAUUUUAGAGGUCCGUAUUUGUAAGGUAAACACACUACGUAGAUGCUACUUUUAAGAAAGUCAUAGGUCGAAUAAAGCGAUCCUAUUUUUAGAGUAAGAUAUUCAUGACAUCUUGUAACUUUUAGUAAUACGUAUUACGAGAAAAUGAUUAAUUUAAAUUUAUCAGUAUCAAAAUCAAGACACCUGUUUUUUCUUUCCUAAAGUGAUAUCUAGGUAUUGACAAAAGUCCACAUCAUGCUGUGUUGUUACCUUACAAAUAUAGAUUACCGUUAACAUAACAAAAAUGUGUUAAGCGGUCUACACACCAAAGUCGCUAACCCGGCGGCACGGAUCGCCGGCCCAACCCGCCGGCCUUAUUUUGUACAAUCAUGCCGCCGGCUUGAGCCCGCGCGGGCAAGCCGGCGGGGCAGCAUGCCGAUGCCGACGGCAUCGCUCUCCACUCACUCAGUCAGUUGCCCGCCGGCUUUCAUAGAGUAUUUGGCAAUUACUAGAACACCACAUGCCGCGGCUGUCGUACCGCCGGCAAAGUCGUUCGGCUUGGACAUUCUGAAGCCGCCGGGUCAGCGGCUUUGGUGUGUAGACCGAUUAAUGUACUAACAUCUUUUUCUACAGACAUUCUAGACUGUAAAUCUAUUUAAACGUCAAUAUUUAAAGUUCAGACUAUAUUUUAGUCAGAAAUGUGGUCUAACUUUAAAUAUAACAGUUUCGAGGUAAGACUUAGUAUUUACCAUUUUGGAUAUGGAAUAGUUACUAUUUGAUGUAAAUGGAAUAAAGUAAAUGUAUUAGAA